AUGCUGCGGAGCUCCCGUGCCCCUCCUCCCACGGGCAGCAGGUUGGCUCCUGGGAGGAGUGGCAGCACAGGGAGGUCCCCAUCCCUGUCCCUAUCCCUGUUCCCGCAGAGCUGCCUCAGCAGGCAGCAGCUCCUGGCUGCCAUCCGGCAGAUGCAGCAGCUGCUGAAGGGGCAGGAGACACGGUUCUCCGAAGGGCUGCACGCUGUGAGAAGCCGCCUCAGCACCAUCCAUGCCUCCCUGGCCAAGGCCGCCCCGGAGCCGCCCGUUGCCGCCUGUCCUGCCCUCCAAGCCCCUGUGGAUGGGAGGAAGUUCGGCACCAAAUAUUUGGUGGAUCACGAGGUUCACUUCACGUGUGAUCCAGGAUUCCAGCUCCUGGGCUCCAGCACACGGAUAUGCCAGGCCAACGGCAGCUGAACAGGGCAGGAGGCCCGCUGUGCAGAGAUCAGCGAGUGCUCAAGCAGCCCCUGCCAGAAUGGCGGGACGUGCCUGGAGGGUCUCAACCACUUCAAAUGCCUCUGCCCCCCGCAGUGGACCGGAAUCACCUGCCAGUACCAGGCUCAGACUGCUCCUCCCACCUGGAGCGUGACGGAUGACCCGGCCUUCAGCCGGCAGCCCCGCUGUGCCCAGAUCGCCCAGACCCAGCAGUGCAGCUGCGAUCCCGGCUUCCUCAUGAGCGGCACGGCUUCCAACGGGAUCUGCCGGGACCUCAACGAGUGCGAGGUGUACCAGCAGCAAGGGGGACCCCGGCUCUGUGCCCACGCCUGUGUCAACGUUCCCGGCUCCUUCUGCUGCUCCUGCCCCGCUGGAUAUGUCCUGCUGGGCGACGGCAAGAGCUGCGAAGAUAUCGAUGAGUGCUCCCUAUCCCAGGAUAACUGCACAAGCAGGAGCACCUGCAUCAACACCGGGGGAGGAUUCCAGUGUGUCACACCCCAGUGUCCCCCGGCUGCUGGCAACAUCUCCUAUGUCAAAAUCUCCCCCUUCCAGUGCGAGCGCAACCCGUGCCCCAUGGAGAGUCGCUCGUGCCACCAGGCCCCCAAAACCAUCUCCUUCCACUACCUCCCUCUUCCCUCCAAGCUCCAGACUCCGGCGCUGCUGUUCCGCAUGGCCACGGUGGUGGCUCCUGGCCGGCCGGGCCCCGAUAGCCUCCGCUUCGGCAUCGCGGGCGGGAACAACCGCGGGCACUUUGUGGUGCAGCGCUCGGACCGGCACACCGGGGAGCUGCUGCUGGUGCAGAGCCUGCAGGGGCCCUGCACCAUCCAUGUGGACGUGGACAUGGCCGAGUACCUGGAUCGGGUGUUCCAGGCCAAGCACCUGUCCAAAAUUACUCUCUUUGUUUCGGCUUAUGAGUUUUAGGGGUGGCUCCUGCUCCCUGCUCAGCAUCUCACCGCUCCCAGGGAAAGACCAGGCUGGAGCUGCCCUGCAGCCAUCCAGCCUACCCUCUGUCCUGAAGUUCUUCUUCCCAUGUGGAUUUACACCUGUCUAGGUGGAUUUACACCACCAAAUGAGGUGGACAAGCAGUAGGAAGCCCUAUCUUCAUCCCGGUUCCAGAGAGAUGAUGUCCUACAACAGCAGAUGGAAACCACAGCCCUGAUUUCCUUUGAAUUCCCAUUUUUUCCUUUAGGAAGCAGUGAAGCUAAGUGUGUGGGGAGAGGGAGGCUCAUGGCCUUUCCUACUCUCCUCCCUUGUUGCACCCAGUCCUGCUCCCUAAAAACACACUUCUACUUCCCUCUGGAUGCUGAGAAUCCCCCUGGCAGCCUGUAAGGAUUGAGGUCUCAUGCUUCAAUCCCGUGGGAUUGAUCAGGGCUGGAACACUCCAUGAACAUCCACCUGGGUGCCCUCCUUGGCAAGCGGGGCAAAGGAGGAAUUCCAGGGCUAUCCCUGCUCCUUAAACCUCUCAAAUGGGGAUCCCCCAUGGAUCCUCCUCAAAGGAGAGCUUCAGCUGCAUGUAGAGGUGGGAAUAUUCCCUGCUCCAUCAGUCAGAGCCUCCAGCCUGGUGUAGGAAUGCUGGGAAGAGCUGGGAUUCAGCUUUUCCUAGGGGAAUUCACCCUCCUGCUUGUGCAUGUUCUGCAUGUUCCCUCGUCCCACUGGAUUUAGUACAAUUAAAGGAUGAUGUAAAAGAUGUCACCAGAGUGAAGCACCUGAUGGAUGUGUGGAUGGAGGGAAUGCUCACCCAGAGCAGUCUAAGGGGAAUUGGGAUCUGGGAGGGCAAGAACCCGUUGUCCAUGGUUUUAUUUUCCUGCUUUGUUUUGUUUGGAAGGGACUGGCUGAUAGCAGGGGGCUCAUUCCCAACGGAGCAUCCUCAUCCCUGAGCAUUUUCAGCCUGAAGCAUCCUUGCCCCCAAGGAAUCCUCACCCUGGGAAUCCUCAUCCCUGAGCAUCCUUUCCCCUGGGAAUCCUUACUCCCUUACAUCAUGCUGAGCUGCACCCACUAAAACCAUUCCCACUCCUUGUCCCGGAGAAAGAGACUUCCCAAGAUGGAUCUGCCUCCUCUGGGGGAUCGAGCUCCUGGAUUUUUGGGGGGUAUAGGAGCCUGGGAAGGGGUUGGAUCUCUCCAGCAGAACAAGAAGAGACAUUCAGGGCUGUUGUCAGCGGAUGGAGGAUGUUUGGAUUGGCGGGAGCUCCGGCUGGACGUGGAGCUGGGCAGGGAAAUGUAUCCCAGGGUUGUGCUGGGGGAGGGAAGGGAAAACUCCAGAGUGCUUCAAAAAUAUCUCCAAAAAUUAGGAGAAAAUGCUUUUCUAGAAGCAUAGCUGCUCCUCUCCAUGCCACUUCCCAGCCUGGCUGGACAUGCUCCUCCUAUAGGCCAUGACCCUGUUUUGGGAUGAUAACAAAAUCUAGGAGCCAAAACCCAGAAAUCUGGGAGAGGACAAGCUCCUGACAGGGCAGAAUAGUUUCCAUCUGCUGCUUUCUCCAGAUAACACAGCUGGAGACGGGCGCCUAGACCACGCUUGGGAGGCUUUUCCUUGCGGCACGAUCCCAAACUGACAACAUUUUCCUAAUUCCCGAGGCCAGGGUGAGCUGUUUCUUUUUUUUUUUUCAGCCCUGGAAAAGUUUAAGUUCGGUUCUUUGCCCUUCUCAACCUCUGGCUGCCAUUCCAGUUGACUAAAGGAGAUUUUUUCCCUUCCCAGAGCAGCCGCUCCGACAUCUUUCAGAC